AUGUCUUACUAUGAUAUUGAUUCCAUCUUGACUGAUGCACAGAAACUGCCGUGCACAUUUGAGCUCGAAGUACCCGGACUCGGUAUUCUAGAGGGCAAUGCAGGCGAAGAUAUCAAAGCUGGCACCCGGAUCGAUCUUCCACUAUGGCUAGGUGAAAUGCUUUCGAUCGGGGCACGUCUAGGAACGGCCCGUCUAGUCACGCUCGACAUGCCCGAUGCGCUUUCGGAGCGGGUGAUGAAUGCACUGAAGGCAGAUCCCCGCACGCUUGACUUGCGCGCUUUAGCACCGCAUUUCUACAACCUGAGCGAGCGCAUUCUUGAACUCUUCGAGGAAGAAGAGAUGGUCGAUGUUCUCGGAGAUGCAUUCAAGAAACGAGCGGCAGAGAUUGCUGAUCAUGCGCACAACUCGCGUGGUGCAGUCGGUGGUGGAGUUGAUUUCCUUCGCGGGCUGGAUGAGACUGAGCGACAAUUGUUCCGCGCAGCUCAUGAUCGGGCAAAGGAUAUGAGGAUCUGGUCUGGGGAGGCGAAACUGCUGCGUCCAAAUCGGGAAUCGGGGGGCUUUUUACGGCACGUCAAUUAUGCACAUUCGGUAAACAUUAUGCCUGCAGCCACCAUGGAUGAGAAAUCUAAAAGAAGGAGCUCGGCCGCUGGUCAGCCUGCUCCUUCGCACUCUCAAAGUCCCGUUCAUCAUCCCAAGGCUGCACCCAAACGCAGUGUUUCCUCUAAAGAUCACCCUAACUUGUCGAGACGCCCUCAACACCCAUCACUUUCCCGCGUCAAGGGCCGAAUGAAUAUGUUUACUCCGCCUCGAAUGAGUCCAGAGGUCUCGUGGCUAGGAGACCAGUCCCCUAUCCACCAGGGCACAAGAACGCCAAACCGCUUAUCUGAAACCCCGGAACCUGCCACCCCUACAUUAGUAAACCCUGCCUCAGCUCUCUUGCAAGAUUUACUGAAAGAAGAACGCGCGCACCGAAGCUCCCGGGGUACAAUAUCAGAGGAUUAUAAAGAAAAUGCUCCUCAAACUCCCGAGACCACUCGAGCCCAGGAGGAUGCUGCGUCUGAAAAAGCACGCAAAGUGAAUGACGUCUUCUCUGCUGGUCAGAGAAAACCAAAAGAGAUGGGCAUGCGGGAAAUGGACCAAUAUGUCUCAAAAAUGAACAAGCUCAAUUUCGAUUUGAAGCUCGAGGUCUUCCACCGCACACAGCAAAUGGCUGUAUAUGAAAAGAAGCUAGAACGCAUGGCGGAGAUGGAAGAACAGCUAGCCCACAUGCACGAUUUGGUAGUGGAAGUGGAGGAGCUUCGAACCACCGAGAAGGACAACCAAAUCCUACGUGAAUCUAACGAGCAACUCCGCAUCGACCUCGACAAGCGAGACCUGGCUGUUACCGAAGCCGUCGAGCUCAUCUGUCAGUUGGAAUCGAAACUUGAAAUGCUGGAGAACGGCGGCCGGGCCUCCAGGCUAUCUAUGUCGCGCCCUAUGACCGCUGAUGGCUCCGACACCUUCGCGGGCAAAUCACGAGCCACGAUUGAGAUCCCGGAGAGAACUUCUUCCAAGCGAAAUUCGAGUGUCUUGAGUGUAGCUCAGCGCCAGACAUCUUCUGAGCUACGCAAACUCUCGAAAGCACCCUCCUUCCUACGAGCCGAUAACAAAAGCACUGCCACUUUGCGAAGCCUUUAUACCCCUGAAGAAGAAACCCAGUCACGCUCUGCAAGGACCGAACUUUCGAAAUCAGAGAGCUUCCACACAACCACCGAGAUCAUGGAGCCCGAGUCACCCAGGCUGAGCGUCUUGAGUGAAUGCAGUGAGCUGAAUCCGUUCGACACGCCUACAAGGUGGCAAGAAUUUGAUCAGCUCGAGAUCCCUCUUCGGAGAUCGUCGUCGACCGCAGGCAGCUUGGAUAGCUAUAUUCCCCCCAACGGGCGGGAAGAAAGCAAGGAAGACCAGAUUGAUCGGUGGAUGCAGACCCGCGAAGACGCCAACCAGACUAUAAUCACGAGACGCAGGAAUCGAGCAUCGUCUGAUGCUACCAAGGCCAGCAUCUCGAGUUUUACAACAGACCUCUACGCUCCCAAGCCGCGUGGGCGUGGACGACUGGAUACCUCUCUUUUCGGGGGCAUCAAGCUUCCCCCCACCCCUGACACCAUGAGUACGGCAUAUGCUACCGGUGCAAACCGGUCGAACGGGUCAAAUGGUAGCAUUACUGCCCGAAAGAGCCCGCAGACUGAGCAGGAUCAGUUUUUCACUGGUAGGCGAGCUAAUCGCCCACGUUCUGCGGAAGAGAUGGCCAGUCGCUGCAGCUUCAAUGACAGUGAGCUAUUCGACAGCAUGCAGACCAAUUGCAGUAAUACUCCGCGCCUAGGAGUCACAGCCGAUGAGUCGCGCACUAUCUUGCCCUCGUUCAACACUGUUUCCUCCAAAGCAAGCGCACUUCUAGGGCCCGGAAGCCCCAACAACCCUGCCAUUGAGACAUUUGGAGAUGUGUACCACGCAAAUGCCAACGAAGCAUCAACCCCAACGAUUAAACGCGUCCGUAGCCCACACAAGGCUAUGACCCCGGAGCUGCACACCAGUGACCGCGACUCUUCGCCACCACUCACACCUCAAGAUUGGGUGGCCGCUGCGAGGCAGGGCCCGCGGUCUCGUAAGCCAAAGCCGCGUGAGACCCGCCACGAAAUUCAACAGACAGAGGUAUCACCACGUAACGCCGCCAGUCCAGCCGCAUUUGAUGAUGACAGCAGCAUCGCUUCGGAACCAAGCGAGCCCGAGGUCCCUGGUAUCCCAACUCUUGACAUGACCACUCUGGAUAUCCUGGAACAACCCCUCGACCUCGGCCAGUCAGAGCCCAAACCUGAAGCAAACCCCGAGACCCGUCGACGUCUCAGCUUCAUACCCCCAUUCUUCAACCGUUCAGCCACCAACACCCGUCGUCUACAAGGUUCACCCGUUCCAAACGACUUUGAAGACGACGAAGAAGACGGCGCCCCAUCCCCGGUAAUCCCCAAAACCAGAACAAUGGGCGGCGCCUCUCGAAGACCCAUGUCCCAAAUAAUCACCGCCCCAACCGACCUAUACUUCUCCAACCCCCCAAUCCAUAAUGAAGAACCGCUCUCUGCCUUCAGACCGCGAGGACUCCCCCAAUCCUUGACAAUGUCAAGACUUGCCGACCACGCCGGCUCUGCAACUGUCUCAGGACGUCCCUCUACAUCCCAUGGCAUAGAACACAAGCGACGCAGCUCACUUGGAAUCUUCGGCUGGAUCAAGAGUAAACGCUCUGAUUCCGUGGGUGUCCCCGGGACGGACAAGCUCAUUGACUCUACAUCAAAGGAGAACCGUGCUCCCUCGCGUCUAGCCUAUGAAACUACCAAUGGACUUGGAAUUCCCCGUGCUGAAACGCCGGACUCCAUGGAGGCCCAUGUCAGACCCCACUCCGAGAUGGCUGUUCAUUAUGAUGAUCAUUCGAGACGGCCUCGGUAUAUGGGCCGUCGUGCUCGCAGGGCUUGA